AUGUGGCACGGGCCCAACUCGGACGGCAAGAUUGGAGUGGAGCUCGCUGGCGGAGGCUCGGCGCGCGCGCUGCCGUCGUCGGCGCGGUACUACCACGCGCUUCGUGGGCCAAACGCGGGCGACACGCUCGCCACGCUCGCGUUCCGCCUCAACGCCGAGCAGGCGGAGGUGUGCCGCCGCGUCGCCGGCUGGUUCGAGCCGUCGGCGGCGGCGGCGCCAGAGGGGGCGGCUGCGCCCUCCCCUCCCUCUCCGGUGGUGCUGGUCCUGAUCGACCACGGCGAGGGCGACGCGCUGCUCCGCAUCGGCUCGGCGCGGCGCAUCGCGCGGCGGGUGCUGCCGCGCUCGACGCACGGCCGGCUCGCAAAGUCGGACGAGGCGGCCAUCCGCUCCGAGCUACAGGCGGCGCUGCAGCACGCGUCGCCCGCGGAGCGGCCAGGCCUGGUCGCGGCGCUCGAGGAGCUCACCUCGGGCCGCAUGGCUGCGCGCGCGCGCGCCGUGCGCGCCUACCCCAUCCUCGGCGCGACCUGCUGCGCGACGCGCCUGCCCGUCCUCGAAGGCGUCCGCGUGGCAGUCACCCUCCUCGACGAGUGCUCCCAGAUGAGCGAGCCGUCGUCGCUGCUCCCGAUCGCGCGGCUCGGCGCUGCGAGGCUGCUGUGUGGGGCCGAGCGCGAGGUGGUGCUCGUCUCAACCUGCCGGACGCAGAGCCUCGGCUUUGUGGCCGCGCCGCGCCGGCUGAAUGUGAUGCUCACGCGCGCCAGGAGCGGCCGCCGGCGCCAUCUCCUCGUCGUCGGCUCGAGCUCCGCUCUGCUGACGGACGGCCGAUGGGCGGCGAUCCUCGACGCCGCACAGCCGCUCCCCGACAGCUGCGCGCGCGGCGAGCCGCUGCCUCCGACCGACGCUUUCCACGAGGUGAUGCGGGCUGCGGAGGAGGCGGAGGAGGGCGGGCGGGGCGCCAGCACCACGAGCGGCGCGGGGCUCACGAGCGGGCAGCGCGCGCUCUACUCGUGCGACGGCGGGGCAUCCUCGAUGGAGGUCACAGUCAUCGCGCUGCACCACGACGACCCGGAGGGCAUGUACGCGACGAUCCGACUCCCAGACGGGAGGGAGAGGCACACGGAGGCGUCGAGGCUGCUGCCGCCCCCGGCGGCAGCAGGCGCUCGCGCGGAGUCGGCAGGCUGGUGA